UGAAACAAUUCAUAUCCGGGUGAAGCGAUGUAUCCGGAUGUUAGCCGGCUAAUGCUAAGUAUCGAGAGCAAAAGGUGUAUCAUAUCGUAUUGCAACGACUUUGCUCUCCACAAAUGGCAUCUCAGAUCCCUAUAACCGCCCGGGCUCAGCCGGCAGCCGCCAGCUCUGCCGCUCUCCGGGGGAAGAAACGUCCCGGUAGUCUGGCGGUUUCUGCCGCUCAGCAGGCCACCGGGAGCAGCAGCAGCAGCAAGAAGAAGAAAGGCCAGCUGACAGCGACACCAACAAUACAGACACAGAUAACAGGAGUGGAGUUGGUGGCUGAGGUGAAGGCAAUGGGAACAGUUGACUGCGGACCAAUUGCCAUCACUGAGUCCACAGCAAAGCCUCCACCCUUCAAAGACCCCACAUUUAUGCAUUCUGGGAUUGGUGGAGCAGCAGCAGGUAAAAAGAACAGGACCUGGAAGAAUCUCAAACAGAUUCUGGCUUUGGAGCGGACUUUACCCUGGAAGCUCAACGAUCCCAACUACUACAGCAUUGACGCCCCUCCCUCCUUGAAGCCGCCCAAGAAGUACUCUGACAUCUCUGGACUCCCUGCAAACUACACAGACCCUCAGACAAAGCUACGCUUCACAUCCUCUGAGGAGUUCUCCUACAUCCGCCUCCUCCCCACUGAUGUUGUCACAGGCUACCUGGCCCUCCGAAAGGCAACUUGCAUCGUGCCCUGACAGCCGAGCAAGGCUUGAAACCUAAAACAGGUUCAAACCAGAACUGAACUCAUGUCAGUGUAGGAAGCUGUUGGGCCAGCCAGGAGACACUGAGAGCACAGGACAGAACAGCUGGAGCUCACAGGCCACUGCUAAACAUUUGCACUGCUGUUUUAAGAAGGCAAUCUGAGUCAGAAUUGUUACUGUGUGACAAAAUAAAUGCAACAAGUUUUUGUUUUUUCAAUUCGAAAAAAACGAAUGUUUGAGUGAUUGCUUAGUUUAUUUGUGAGACAUGUUUGUUGUCAAUAACUGGAUAUUAAAAUGGCACUCUAUCCGAGAAUGUCCGGUGAACAUUUUUUAUUCUUUAAGGGGACAGAAAGUGUUCAUAUGUCAAAAGUCAGCAAUAUGAUUUUCUUAUUCUUAUUUGUUCAUACAUUUCCCAGUAUCCUUGAUGAUAUUUUCCCAUUAAGUGUUCCUAUAAACCCUGAGGCAAAUUUGAGACCUUGGUGUGUAUUUGCUCCUGCUAAAUCCUUGGGAAACAUAGUUGUUUCUCAAGUACUGAAUACAAGUAUUACUGGCUAGGAUGCUGUACACCUCCUUGUGGUAGAACAUCUGGCUCCAGUGGUGUAAAUGCAGUGAGGUUGGGCUAGAGAGAAGUAGACAAAAAUGUUACAAAGCUGUUGGAAAGAGUUUGUCUAUUUCAGACCGUCAGUCAGCUUACUUGCAUUGUUUGUUGAAGUUGGAUUUCAGUGUCUCUCUUUUUCCUUUGUAUAAUACACAUUUUCUUAGUAGAUCGAGACAGGAAAGAAAUCGGUAGCUGAAAUCACUUUUCAUCUCAGUUGUGCUUAUAUGACAACGUUUAAUCAAACUUGUUGGACAUUGAUAUAAAACACUCCCCUGUGCCUUCACUAAAACAUCCACACCUGCUGCUGCACUUUCUGUUUCUUGGAUUGUCUGUUCUCUGCAGUAGCCUGCAUGUAUGUAAGCUAUGCAAAUGUGGCUGGGCCAAGCCGGAGUCUUAAGCCAGGAGUCACCAAGCAGGCCUAAUUUCACAUGCGCCAUAUGUAAAUGUGGAAUUGGUUCCACAUGGUUCUAAUUCCACAGCUGCAUUUGAUGUAUGAUUUGCUCUCCGACUGGUAGAGUGAGGAUGGCUCAUUAAUCACACAUGACAGGCAUCCAGGAUCAUUUCCAUGGUAUAUUUUACCCAAUUUUUCACACACUUGAUGAAUGAGGACCCUUGUAUUUCUCAUGUGAAUGAUCCCUAUGCAAAAACUAAGAAUAAAGCACAGCCAUUAAGGCCCCGUUCCGACCUGGUUUUAACAUCCGUCCUGAAUGAUCUGUUCACAAGUGGACAGCUCUAGGUACGUGUGUUUUCACCUGUCAGUAGAAUGGAGCUUGGGAAAAUUAUAAAAAGGUUUGAUUGAUAAAAAGUAAAUAUCAAUCAAACCUACAUCUGUAAGCCCACCACUCUGACCAAUGAGCUAUGAUGUCUUACCUGUUGAGAUGGGGAGAUACACUUGCUAAUUUAGAUUAUAAUUAUUCUGCAAUCCUUUCUUGAUGCUUUGUUUACACAGGCCCUGUGAAUACAGAUCGACCAGAAGUCUUUGUUUGAAAUAAGUCAGCUGUAUAUGUUACCAAUAAAGAAUAAUAAGUUGC